AUGAGGAUAGAAAUUCGGCCGGAUUUUGGAAAUGGUACCACACAAGGAACGGAAACCAUCACGUUUCAACCAGCAGAAGAUACAGAUACUAUUACGUUCCAUGCAAAUAAAAUAGACAUAGACUCGCAAUCUCUAGAUAUUAGAUCUUCAGAUGGACAAAAUGGUGAUUCUCUACCAAUCAGAUCUCACGACUACUUAGAAGGACAAAGAUACAGGAUAGUUGUCGAUCAGAAACUGAAAAAAGACAAAACGUACUCUCUAAAUUUAAGAUACCAAGGCGAACUGAACAAUCAGCUGCAAGGAUUUUAUAAAAGCCAUUACCAGUCACCUUCUGGAGAGACCAGAAUCGCUGCCAGUACUCAAUUUUCACCUACUGAUGCCAGGAGAGCAUUCCCAUGCUUCGACGAGCCGUAUUUUAAGGCGAAAUUUACCAUACGAUUGGCUAGGCCUGGAAACAUGUCGACAUUGUCCAACAUGCCUUUGGAAAGAAGCGAAAUAUUACCAACAGUGGAAGGUGCCUGGUAUUGGGACAACUAUCCCGAAACACCCGAAAUGCCUACAUACUUAGUUGCAUUUGUCAUGAGUGACUUAAUAUCUAUGCAAUCAUCCGAUAGAAAUAUUAAAGUCUGGGCCAGAAAAGAAUAUUUAUCUCAGACGAAUUAUGCUGCUAACAUUGCCCCAACAAUUUUGAGAUACUUUGAGGAUUAUUUCAGGGUCUAUGGAAAAUUGGUCAAAAAGAGAAUUGAGGAAGAAUACCGGGAUAUGGAGGCUGAAGAACAAGCGGGAUUUAGAGCUGGUAGAUCCACGGUCGAUCAUUUAUUUACACUAACACAGAUAAUUGAGAAAAAGAUGGCAAGAAAUCAAGAAAUACAUCUCCUCUACAUAGACCUCAAGAAAGCAUAUGAUGUGUACCCCAGUCUAAAUUGCGGGAAGCCCUCGAGAAAACGAAUAUCAGCAUAA